CCGUCCCUGCGCUCUUGUCCCUUGAUCGAGUCUCGGUCAAAGUUAACACAGUUUUAUACCGUCGGCGGCCCAUGGCGUCAGUCUUGACCGGUUCUGCUUAUUGUGAAAAACUUAUUUAAAUAAAAAGGCCAUGGCGUCUCCGCGGCAGUGGUACGACGGCGUGCACAUGUACCUGGGCGAGCUGGGCGCGCGCGUGGUGGCGCGCUCCGGCCGGCCCGCCGACCGCCACCACCUCGGGAAACUCAUCCUGCAGAGCUUUCUGGACGCGCCCGACCAUGUGUUGCAGAUAGACGGCGCGACGGGCGAGUCUGAAACCUUCGGCUCAAUGCUAGAGCGGUCGGUCCGGUGCGCGGGGUGCUUCGCCCAGCGGGGGGUGGGGUAUGGUGACGUCAUCGCCAUCAUGGCUCCCAACCACCUGGAUAUUGGGGUUCCGUUCUACGCGGCCCUGUACCUUGGGGUCAUCAUUGCGGCCGUUGACAGGACUUUGGGAGUGUUGGAGCUCCAAGGCUCGUUCAGCGUCAGCCGCCCGAAGCUGAUCUUCUGCCAGAGCGAGAAGGCGCCGGACGUGCAGCUGGCCCUCAACGAGGCGGAGGUGGACGCGCAGAUCGUGACCUUCGACGGCGGCGACUACCUGUGUAGCUUCCAGCAGUUCAUGGAGGCGGGGGUGGACGUGGCGGUUGAGGAGUUCGAGGCCGCAGACUUCGACCCGGCGGAGGCGACGGCCUUCCUCAUCGCCACCAGCGGCACCACCGGCCUGCCCAAGGCCGCCGAAGCCACCCACAAGAACUUCGCUACCUCCAGCCCAUACUUAUGGAUACGUCACGACACGUUCCCCACCCCGACGCGCAUGGCUCUCAUCGGGUCGCCGCUGCAGUGGCUGACCGCUCUGAUGAACUUUGUCAUGACGCCCAUAUUCCGGUACACAAGGCUCCAGACCUCGCUGCCUCUGACCAGGGAACAUUGCUAUCACUUGCUCAAUACUUAUAAGCCGACGUGGACGGUGUUCAGCCCGACGUUCAUGGCGGCGGUGAUCAAGGCGGCAGACCGGGACCAGUGCGACUUCUCCUGCCUGGAGACCAUGCUGCUGGGCGGCAGCGCCGCGCCCGCAGACCUCAUUGCUGAGAUCAAGCUAGUGACCCCCACCACAGAGGUGUUCAACGCGUUCGGCAUGUCGGAGAUCACGGGCGUGGGCUUCUGCAACGACGACACCGCGCGGCCCUGGAUCUGCGGCCGCCCGCUCGGCUGCCUCAAGUAUCGAAUAAUAGACCCAGGCACUGGGCUGGACGUCACUGAACCCAAUGUACCCGGCGAACUGUGGCUCAAGGGACCAGGCAUUGUCAAGGGCUACUACAACAACCCGGAGGCCACAGCGGAGACGUUCAGCGAGGACGGCUGGUUCAAGACGGGAGACAUGUUCUACAGAGACGAGCACCACUACUACGUCUAUGUGGAGCGGAUUAAACUGCUGCUCAAGUACAUGAGCUAUCAGAUAUCCCCCAUAGAGAUCGAGAGCGUGAUCCGCACCCACCCGGCGGUGUUGGACGUGGCGGUGACGGGGCUGCCGGACGAGGCGUGCGGGGAGCUGCCCGUGGCCUGCGUGGUGCGCCGGGACGGCUGCGAUGUCAGCGCAGAGGAGAUCAAGGACUUGGUCAAGGAUUCCCUGUCGGAUGCGAAGCAACUGCGAGGGGGUGUCAUAUUCCUGGAUCAAAUACCAAUGACAGCUUCUACCAAGGUGCACCGACGCCAGGUCAAGGAAAUUGCACUCACACAUCCCAGGGAAUGAGGCUUUAGCCGAAUUGUAGCUCAUCUGUGAUAUGUGAUGAUUUAGAUUUUAGCUUAGUGUAGGUGCAAAUGUAGAAUUAUUAGGUAAGUUGUUGUUGGUUGUUAUAGUUGCGUUUUACGAGUAGCUAUGUAUUAGGUAUGUAGAUUGUAGAUCGAUAAUAGUAACCUAUUUUUUAAUAACUACUGAUGUAUUAAUGAAUGUAUAACUGUUUAUAGUAUUAAGAUUAAGCAUGGAUUAAGG